AUGUCAGAUAUUGAAGUAGAGCGAACAGCUGAACAAAUACAUCUAGAACAUGAAGUAGUUACUGAUUUAACUGCAGCCAUUAGAAUUGUACUUAGGAAUUCGGCUGUGCGUGGUGGUUUGAUUCGUGGUUUGAAUGAAGUAGUCCUUGCUCUGGACUCUAAGAAGGCUCAAGUUUGCUUUUUAUCAGAGUCAUGUGAAGAAGACUGUUACAAACAACUAGUUGAGGCUUUAUGUCGUGAAAGAAAUAUCCCAUUAAUUACUGUCCCUGAUUCAAAGGAAUUAGGUGAAAUGGCAGGUUUGUGCAAGGUUGACAGAGAAGGUAAUCCUCGCAAAGUUGUAGGUGCUGCAUCUGUGGCAGUCACAGACUAUGGUGUAGAAUCUGAAGCUUACCUCUAUCUUCAGAAACACAUUGCUGAGAAUUGUCAUACAUAG